UCAUACCAUGUCUACAAAAAUCUUGAACCCUCUAUGUCUACUGAAAAUCUUGAACUGUCUAUGUCUACUAAAAAUCUUGAACCUUUACAAAAUCCUCUAUCUACUUAUGAUGUGCUUUUCUUUCCAGAUAGAGAUUUUUUGAAUGAUAGUGGCAGUAAUGAAACUAGUACAGAAAAGCUGGAUGAUCAUAAACAAAUUACUUGUAAAUUGUGUAAUUCUAAGUAUGAAAUAGAAGUAGUAUUAGUACAAUUAAACAGCAUUUCGAAACACCUUACUAAAAUGUUAGAAUUCCAUUAUAGAAAUACGGCUUUUCGUCGGUUGUGGUGUAUUGCUCAUAAGCUUAAUCUUGCUGUU